GCCAUUGCCAUCAUCACCAUUCCAAUCACCAUCGCCAUCACCAACACCAUCACCGACACUAUUGCUACUACAUCGACUACUACUGCCCCUGCUAUUCCUACUAGUACAACUACCACGACUACCACCACACAGCCGAGAGGAUAAAGUCCCGGGCCGAAGAAGACGCGCGAGAGCAGCUCAGCCGUGUAAACAGUUAUUUGACUCGCUGAUUUUGGGACAUCAAAGCCCGAUUUUAUAGAAUCGUGAACCCAUUUGGACGGACCAAGACAAAGGGUUCGUUCGUUGGGUCUGAGUAGUACUAAAUGGUUGCCUGCAGACAGCAUGUCUACUCUGUCAGGGAUUGUGUCGAAGGGGGAGAAAGGAAAAACAAAAUACCAGUCGAUAGAUAUCAAUAGUUUGUAUCGAUCAAGUAGGGGAGAGUCUUUGGAACAACAUCAACAAAAAAAUACAGUACCCCGCAAACAUGGAAUGCAAAGCUUGGGAAAGGUGCCCUCGGCGCGGCGACCACCUGCAAAUUUGCCCAGUUUGAGAAGUGAAAUCAGCAGCAGUGAUCCAGCUGUUAGUCUUGUACCAAGUGGAGGAAGUGGUUGGGCCACGACCAAGGAUACAACAUCUACUACUAAUACCGUAACAACACCUAACACCCCAUCUGAUAAUACAACUACCAACUCAUUACCGGCACAAUGUACGACAGGACCCACCCCUGCAUCUCUGGCACCACAACAACAUCCACCAUUGCCAGGACAACAAAACAAUUUACAAUCUUCACAUCCACCCGAAGUAGGAAACAAAUCAUCAUGGAGUUCAAUCAUGAGCAAACCAGGAGAAGCUGUGAUUGGUUAUGCGGGGCUUGUGGAGUCGGGCAGAGGAGUAAGGGGAACUCUCGGUCUGAGUUUCCUUGCACAUCAGUCCCCGCAGUUCCAACACGAAUUCCCCAGUCUCAGCGGACAAUCCUCUGCUUCAGUCUCGACUCAGAACCAGGGUCAGCAGCAAAUUUCCUCGUCGGCUGCAAAUGCGAUUACAAACACUGUGCAGCAACAAUCUUAUUCCCACAACCACUCAGGAGGUGGACCGACAGGUCAACAACAGCCACAACAAAUUCGAGAAAUGAACGCACAAUAUGGUCCUGGGCUAAGUCUACGUCCCCAAACAGAAGGAAGUUGGAUCCAAGGUGGAAGUCGCAUAGCAGGUGGGCCAGGAACCGGGGCACUAGCAGGAGUGGCCGGAAGUGGAAAUAUUCAGGGGGGCCCGGGCCUCCAAGUUGGCCCAACCCCAGGACAAGUAGAGGCUCCCGCUGGAGGACGACCGAACUCGGUCCAGUCGCCAGGCUUGGUCAUGGCCCCGGCAGGCCAGCUCCCAGGAUCGCAAAAUAAUCAAGUCCAGAUGCCACAGGGCCAACAUCAAGUCGGACCGAAUAUGCAUCACUAUAGAGGAAUAAUUCCUCCGUUUAUGUAUAAAGGUAAUUUCUCAGGCGGCAAUUUUCCGGCGCCGUUGCCGGCAAGUGGACAGCGUCCCCGCUUCAACUACCCGACAGAUCAAUCGCCGGCACGACAGCAGCCACGCCAAGAACGCGAUCGUGGUGUACCGCCACCGCCCGUUGACGAGGAAAUUCAAACGCGGCCGAUUAUUAAAGAAGAGGACUUGUCACGCAUGGAUGAAAUCUCAUGCGAGGCUGGCUGGACGGCUACCGAUGACAUUGACUAUAAUCAGAAAUUGGCCUUUAGCGACGAUGAGACUGACGACCAGCCGCAACAAACGACUGCCAUCAAUAAAAAGGAAGACCACAGAAAGGAGCAGGAGAAACAUGCGCAAGAUGAGAAGCGCAUGCAAGAGGAGAAAGAGUUUAGUUCGAGGGAGAAGGAGCAGAAGGAAAAUAAUAUAAAUAUUAUUGGAAGGAAUGAAAUGAGGAACGAGUCCAGAAACGAGCCCAGAAACGAGCCCAGAAACGAGCCCAGAAACGAGCCGAGGAACGAACCUAGGAACGAUUUGCAAUCGCGUUCAUGGAACAACCAGAAUUCAAUGUCGCGCGAUUACCGUGGUCCACCUGGAGCACCACCACCUAACUACCCAUCACAACAGACAUUACGAAAUGCCCACUCUUUAAGAGCUGGUGGAGAUGAUGAGGAACUGUGGAAUCAGCGUCGUCGAGACAUAAUCACCGAGAAAGUUGCGUUUGCAGUUGAACUCGCUCGUCAACGCAAGGAGGAGGAAGAGAAGCGUUUCCAAGAAUCGAUAAAGCAGGCAGCGGCUAAAAAGCUCCUUGAUCUAGAGAAUAAGAUAAAGGAGAAGAACAAGCAGGGCGAGGAGCAGCAGCAGCAGCAGCAGCAACAACAACAACAACAACAGCAGCAACAACAACAGCAACAGCAACCGCAACAGCAACAGCUACAGCAGCAGCUACAGCAGAGUAGUGGCCAGCAACUAAACGAAAGCAAUAAAUCAAGCUCUUCGGCUCCAGUACCAGUGUCGAACGCGCCAAGCGCGCCCGACUGGGAACGUGAUCGCGAGCGCUCGCGUACCUCGUCUUCCGAGGGUGCCGGCAAAGAGGCGGAGCCCAAGUCCGGCCGCGAGCAAUCGUCCACAGGUCAACAGGCGACAAGUGAGUUCCGCCAGAUAGACCGUCCUUCUUUCAUACGCCAACAACAGCAGACCGCGGAGCAGCCGCCUUCUUCUCUGCCCCCCGGCGGCGGCAGUAGCGGUGGUGGCGGCGGCGGUGGCAGUAGCAGUGGCGGCGGCGCGGCUAAUAAUCGCAGUGAACGCGAUCGUGAGCGCGAGCGCGAUCGCGAUCAGCGGGAGAUGAGGGAGCCGGCCUUUUCCCGGCUCUUUCAAAGCAACUUGCCGCCAAGAUUCCAAAAGCAGCAGGCGGAGAGAAGCGGCGCCGGUGCAGGUGGGGCUUCUAAUAAUCGGCUGUCCCCCAGUGCCGAACGCUCGCAGCCAGUUUCAUUUUCGCAGCAAUACGAUCCCAGUCGAUGGGUCCAUAACCAUUCUAACUCAUUGAGCAGCAGCAUGAAGUCGAGCACGCGUCGCGUACGGGCCGACUCGGAUGUGUCCGGACCACUCGAUGACGAGGGCAAUGGGAGACCAAAUUCGCGGGCCCCGCCGUCUGUGCGCCCCGACGAUCGUCACCGACACUCUGGGCAACGGGCCGGUAGCAACUACGAGCCGAGUCGCAAACAAAUUUCCGACGCCGGCUACUAUGACGAAUAUCCUCGCAGAGGAAGCGAGCGCUACAAGGAUUACGAGGACAGACACGCACCAAGUAGAGAUGGAGUCGGUAGCUGGUCCGAUCACACGGAGCGCAGAGGAUACGAAGACAAGCCUGAUGCUAGGGAGUCGAGAGACAAAAAGGACUACGACAACUACUCCAAGGUGAGCCGAACAAUGCUUAACAUUCUGUUUGAAUGCAAUCGACGUGCCCUAGUGCUUCCCGGACCUAUGCACGGCCCUGCUGCCCAGGACCAGUUUGACGAUCAGCAGGCACCCGUUCAGCAGCAUGGCCGCGACAGUACCAACAGUCGCUCAGAGUCGAGCGGUCAGGAGUGGCGGGAGGAUCGCCGCGAUAUUCGUACCCACGAGGAUCGCUCGGUGCCUUCUACCAACGAUAUGGGUGGACGGCGCGGAGAUGAACAGCAGCGUAGCGAGCGACCCCAACGCCCAGAAUCCCGCGACAGUCGCACAUCCCGCGAUUCGAGGACCACGCUUCGUGGCCCCGUCGACGACGACGGCGGUGGUGGCGGCGGCGGCGGCGGCGGCGGUGGUGGUGGUGGCAGUACUGUCAGUUUCCAUAAGUCGUCGCGUGACAAUGGCACUGGCUCCUGGGCCGUAUGUAACGAUUUCCCCGACUACGAGGAGAAAAGCAGCAAGCAGCUGCAUCAACGCGACCUGUUUCGCGAUGAGUUAAGGGAUAGGGAGCGUGAUAGAGACCGAGACAGGGAUCGCGACGUGCCGUCAUCAGUGCGCGACAGACGUCAACAACAGCCUGGUCCGAUUAACAAGGAAAAGCUCGAACAGGAGGAGCUCAAACGUAAUCUCGGACCCUUGAAGCGUGGUGGACUCGACAUCCAGGACAAGAAGGAUAAGCAACCGAAGGGCAGCGGCGAGCUCUUGUCUAACGAUCCUAAGAAAGAAAACGGCGCUGAGGUGUGGAGUCGCGGUAAGUCCGAACGAAUUCUCGAAAGCGGAGGCCGCAAUUCGCCCAAAGUAGGAUCCUGGGCCGACGCGGUUUCACCCAGCUUCGAGAAGGAAGAUGAGGAGAAGCGCAUGAUGGAUUCGCAGCACAAUAACGAUGAGGAUGACAACAAGAAACUCAACGAUCUCAAGCAGGGCAUCGAUAAGCUCAGUAUAGACAGCAACAAACGCGGUAGUAGUGACGAUGCUGAGAAAGACGAUCAGAAGGAUGAGAAACGCGAUAAAAAGCCGCGUAAUCGUGCGAGUAGUAGCAGCUCCCGCGGGCCCCGCAGUGGUUCUCGUCAGUGGGGCAGCGGUGGCGGCGGGGGUGGUUUAGGCGGAGCAGGUGUCGGUGGCGGUGCUUUUAAUGUUUACGGACAGCGAUGGCGCGGUGCCGACGUACCUGCGAGAGGUCGUCGUAGCGGUGCUCCGAGAUCCGUGGGGGGAGGCCGUCCCGGAUCGGCUAAAGGCGGAGCUUACGAGCGCACCGAUUCCGAGCUGAGCGGCGAUGAGCUUGGGCAUACCCUGGCUGCAGAGUCCACCAAAGACGAGCGAAGGUCCACGUCGGCGCGAUCGCCAAAGCCGUCGGUUCCGAAGGGCGAGAAGGACGAGCGCAACCGCAAUGUCGCUUCAAGGAAAGACGAGCAGCAACAACAGCAGCAGCAGCAGCAGCAGCAGCAGCAGCAGCAGUUGCAAAGUUCGCGAGGGGAGUACAGUCAGUCUCGUGGUGAGAAAAGGUGCGAGCGCGGUGAGUACGAGGUGCGCGGUAGUGGAAGACCGAAUCGCGAAGGCUUUGCACCAUCCGGUGAGCCAUCUCGCCGUGGACGCGGUGGGUUUCGCAACAAUCGAGGACCUACCACCGUCACAGGCAGCGCCGCUGGUGGGCGCAUGGAAGGCUACGGGCCCCCCCCAAGUAAGAGUCCCUUUUCCUCCGAAAGAGCCGACGACAAACAUCCCGGUGGCAGCCAAAAUCAACAACACUCCUCCACGCCAAGCCCAUCCGAGCACGAUGAUGCUCCCAACGUGGCCAAUCAGUCCGAGUUGUCCGACGACAAAAUUAUAGCCAAACAGCAAGCGCUAACAGCCGGUAUGACCGGUAGACACGCCAAAUCACCAAAUAGGAUGAACACUAACCACGGGGGUGGCCAUCUCGGACCUGCUCCCAGGGCUGCCAAGAAAGAGGACUCGAGGCCCAAGCGGCCGAGGAGCGGCAGCAGACGCGGUAGGGGAGGCGAGCGCACUCGGGCCAUGAACAACAUUCAUAGCGCGAUCGGCAAACAGAACUCCAACGAACCCGGCAACGAGGAAUGGGAGACGACCUCCGAGAACAGCGAGGAGCAUCCCGAUGAGAGGAAGGAUGGACACGGGCCCCGCUCGAACAAAUCCUUUAGCGGCAGAGGCGAGAGGCAGAACGUCAACGUUAUCGGCAACAAUCGGGAGCAACACGGUCGCGAUCAGCGUGGCUCAAGAGGCGACAAAGGUCCCAAGUCUUCCAACGCCCAGUCCAAUCGAGCGUCAGGCUCGGAGAAGGGCCGUAACGCCCAGAAUGUCUCCGAGCGCGGUGGGAACCGCGACGGCUCGCAGCGUAAUCACCAUUCGGGAAAUAACCCACCGCUCACGCAAUCGCAGAAUGGCAGGCCACGAAACCAAGGCUCGGUUAACGUCGGCUCCCUCAUCAUCAAGUCCAUGAUGAACAAGGACACGACGGUAAACAGAAUCGACGAGAUCAAGUUGAACGAUCCGAACCUCGUGAAUCAGGCGCUCAAUGACUUCGGCGGCGGUGGCGGUGGCGGCGGCGGCGGCGGCAAAUCCCAGUCGAAGGAUAAGAGAGGGGUGAACGUCGCCGACUUAGACAUGGAUAGUAAUUGCAUCGUUGGAGAAGACGUCUCUAAUGCGGGUGAUGACAAUAAGCUCGACGCCGAUGGCUUCCAAGAAGUGCGUUCGAAGAAGAACGUGAAGGAGUCGAGCCGUCAGCAGCAGCAAAAGGAUGAAUUGCAGAGCUCUAAACCCGGACGACGUGACAGAGAGAAGGACCGUGGCGAACGUGAUCGGUCCAAAUCGAAAACCAACGGAGCUCAGUCUCAACAGCAGCAACAACAACAGCAGCAGCAGCAGCAGCAGCAGCAACAGCAGGCGCAAAAUAUGCCCAUGAUGCUGAAUCAAUCGACCGGUGUCGUACUCAAUAAGCCUUACGAGCGCAUUCGACCGGUAGCCCCACGCUUUCAGAAGCAGCAGCAACGGAUGACCAAGCAUCAACAGGUCAGAGUCAGUGGUGGCCACGGUGGAAACGAAUCCAGCGAUUCAACCACUGGUGGAUCCUCGAGUCGAUCGCCCCCGUCACCCGCCAUCGCAUCCUUACCAGCCGACAUUCAAAUGAUGGGGCUCGCACCAGCCGCUCAGGGUGGCAGCGCCGGUACGGACCACGAGUCCAGCCAGGUCGACUCGCAGCAGCAGCAGCAGCAACAACAGCAGCAGCAACAACAGCAGCAGCAGAGCAACCAGCAGCAAUCCUGCGGCACGGCGACCGCCGUCAGCCAACGUAACUCGCCCAACUGCGACAAGGUCACGAGCGGUGGUAAGCUCGCGCAGCCGGGCAGCAGCCAAGAUAGCAAAGUAAACACGGACGCCUCCUCGCCUCCUGUCCAGACUCUCAUAUUUGAGAAUACAAAUUACUCGAAGAACACCAAGAAUACGGUAGGCUCGGCCGGCGACAUGGCCAUCAAGUCCAAGUACUCGAAUCAUAUGAAGUCACAGUCGCGCGAUAAGCGCGUGAACGACAUAGAGGAUGACGGUAGCCAGCUGCAACAGCACCAGCAGCAGGCCCUCGCCGUUGCCUUCUCCAACAAGUCCAACGACCUCAUGAAAGACAAGGUGUCCCAGCAACAGCAAGAGCCAAUACAGAUGCCUCUCUCGUUCAAUAACAAAGAAGACAACGCGGACAUGAAGCUGGACUUCACGUUCGACUCUGACCUGACGCAGCUAACCGAGGACAAAAGCAAGAGUCUCGGCAUGCCGAGAUCCAUGCACAUUACCGGCGGCCAGAGCACGAUAUCGCCCUCGACCGCCGAGCUCAACCUCAAAAUCGCCUCCGUAAAGAAGGUCUGGGAAAGCGCGCCGCCUAUGCCGACGGUCGUCGAGCACGAGGUCGACGGCAAUGUCGUGAGCAACGCCAGCAGCUUCCCCCAGGCAUUCGAGAGUAACGAUGUAGACGACAGCUAUAACGCGCACCAACAGUAUAAUCAGGGCAACAUGAAAAAUGAGAUCACGACCUCGACCAACGUUUGCAAGCUGGUUCCCCCGCAGGUGAAGCCGCAGCAACAAUCAUCGGGUGGCGGCGGAGCGCAGCCAGGCUCCUCGGUGCCGGGUCCGAGCCCCAUCGGGCCCGGCCAGAGCCCCAUCGGCCAUCCCCCGGCGAGCUUACAGGGGCCCCUCAGCCCCCCGCCCUUCAAUUCCACCGGACAACCCUCUCACAUUAAUUAUCAGGAAUUUGUGCAGUAUCCGGGUUCCCAGGCGGCGCAGUAUGGCAGCAUGUCGGCGAUCCCCUCGCCACCGGCUGUCCUUUUCAACACUGGAUCAGGUCAACUGCCGGCCCAGGCGGGCGGCCUCUACGGCGCAUUCCAGCUGGACCAGAGCAGGUCCCCCUUCACUCAGUAUCCGCCUUACGCCGCCUCGCUUCAGAGCUCCUUCAACCAGCAGAACAUGUACCUACAGCAGCCACCGCCGCCCCAUGCGCCCAACGCGCCCACUCCGGACAUCUACCCGAGCAAUCUCUCGCAAUACCGCCUCACUGCAGCUGCUGCACCACCAUUUGGACAAAAUCAACAACUUAGUAAUAAUCCUAAUACUGUACUUAUCAGUUCAUCCUCAAAUUCCUUAAUGUCAGCCAGUGUCAAGCCAUCAUCUCAACCGAUUGGCGCUAUUGGCACUAAGGCCCCGCACUUUCAAGCACCAUCGGCACCUCCGCAACCAAAUCAACUGGCAUACAUUCCGUACGAUCCAAAUCAAGUAUUAGGAGUAAGCGGCAGCUACAUGGGCAACUCCCAAUUGGUUCAGAGACCCGGUCCCAAUGUUCAGCCCUCGGCAAAUAAUUAUUACAGUGCCGCAUCAGCAGAUGUCUUUUCCGGAUCCCAGACGGGCUUUUAUCAACCAGGUGGCGCGGCACAGCAGACCGGAGCGCACUAUGGCCUUCAGGGAUUUGGCCAGCAUAGCCAGAGCCUAGCAACUGGUAACGCCGCCCCCGUCGGCCUUCAGAACUUCAGCUCGCAGUUCCUGUCGGGCUCCGGAUUACAGAUAGCCGCUGCGGCCGCGGCUCAACAGUACCGUAACCCCGCGGGUGGACUGCCGGGACCCGCCAAUGCGGCUGCCACCUUCCUCAGUAAGCAUCAGCAGCAAGAGCAGCCACGGCAGUUAAAGAGCCCGUCGGGCAAUCAACAGGACGUGCUGGCAUCGGUUUUUAGCUCCACACCCCAAAUACCAUCGCCAAAAUCAAGAAAACAACAGUCAUCCUCGCAACAGCCACAGCCAAGUCCCACGCAACAUCAUAAAUUCCAACAAUAUCAGGGUGGCAGUCAGUCUGCUCUGGUAAGCAGCUACACUAACUACGUUUUACAGCAGAACGUCCGGGCAAUGGGGAUGCCGCCCCGUGGUGGCAUUCAGCCAUCGCAACAACGCUACCCACCGCCGAUUCAACGACCCGUGGUGCCCUUUCCACCGGGUCCCAAUCCCAACAACUCCCAGCAAGGCCAGCAGCAGAAUUGUAUGCCUAAUCAACAGCAGCAGCAGCAACAGCAGCAGCAACAACAAACGCAGAUGAAUCGUCACAGGUCCAACAUUCAUCAGCAGCAGCAACAGCAGCAGCAGCGCAAUAUGAAGAUGCAACAGCAAUAUUACUCCGGACAAAGCAACUCGAAGAUGGAUUCCAAUGAUAAAGUGGAUUCUCAUAAUGAUAAAAUAUCUGAUUCCAAUGUUGGAAAUCAAACUAACGGGAAUAAAAAUAAUGCCAACCCGCCAGAUACUGACCACAAAGAGGAAGUAAGCCAACAAAAUGAAUAAUGAUGGAAAAUAUAAAAUCGUCGACGAAGGCUUUUAAUCUAACGUUAAUCCACAAUAUGCAUACAUACACAUACAUACAUAUAUAUAUAUAUAUAUAUAUAUAUAU